AUGAGCUCUGCUUAUUUAAUGACUGUUGCUUUGACAGUCAUUGGAUAUGCGACCGCUGACUCUACGCGGGUGAUUGAUGCAGACUUUGCAGACCCUUGUGUUAUCCAAACAAGCGAUGGGUAUUUUGCCUUCGCUACAAACGGAAAUGGCGUGAAUGUCCAGGUUGCAUCAUCCUCGGAUUUCUCGACAUGGGAUCUCAUGUCUGGUACCGAUGCUCUACCUGGCCCAUUUCCAUCCUGGAUUGCCUCUUCUCCUGCUAUUUGGGCACCCGACGUGAAUCAAAGAGCCGAUGGCACUUUUGUCAUGUACUUCUCCGCUGCCUCUAGCGAGGACUCCAGCAAACACUGUGUUGGAGCCGCCACGUCUACUAGUAUUACAGGACCCUACACACCAGAGGACACUGCACUAGCUUGUCCCCUAGACCAGGGCGGAGCGAUUGAUGCAGAUGGUUACAGUGAGGGAGGUAAUUAUUACGUUGUAUACAAGAUUGAUGGCAACAGUCUCGAUGGAGAUGGAACAACACAUCCCACGCCCAUCAUGCUUCAAGCUCUGAAUUCGGAUGCUGUCACCCCUAAUGGAGAUGCCACCCAGCUUCUCGAUCGUGAUGACGCCGAUGGACAACUCAUUGAAGCUCCGAGCCUUGUCAAUGUGGACGGUACAUACUAUCUCUCGUUUUCCUCGAACUCGUACAGUACGACGGCCUACGAUGUUAGCUACGCGACCGCUUCGGCGCUGACUGGGCCUUAUACCAAAGCCCAAGCGCCUAAUGCACCUUUGCUUGUCUCUGGAGAUCCGAGUAAUGUUGGGGAUCUGGCAGGGCCUGGUGGUGCUGAUUUCAAUGGUGAUGGCUCUAAAAUCGUAUUCCAUGCUUUUGAAAAUGGCCAAAAUAUUGACAACGGUCGGGCGAUGUAUGUCGCCAACAUUGGUGUUUCAGGCGGAUUUAUCGCUAUUCAAUAG